AUGUUCCCACACGUGCUGGAUCGGGUGCAUGCAGUACAAGCAGAGCAUGAAGCCAUCGUUUUCCUGCAACGAGGACGCCUUGUGGACCGCCAUUGGUGUCAGUGGGCCACACAGGCGACCAAGGAGUCUCUGUUGAUGGCUGGGGAUCAUCUCCAAGAGAAGAUUGAACACACUGUCAAUCGCUUCUCUGCACUGGAGAGCAUCAAACUGACUGGUGCCAGUGCCAAUAAUGUCGCCCUUCUCAGACGAUUGCCUCUGCUGAGACAUGCCACAAUUUGGCAUGCCAGUUGCGACAUGAUGCACUUGGGUCAGCUGGUGGGCCUUGUGAGCCUCAAACUGGCAUGGUGCCACAAACUCACUGACCAAGGAGUUGGGGUCAUCGCCACUUUGACGCGCCUCACAGCCCUUGAACUGAGUAACUGUUGGGACAUCACAGAGCAUUGUGUUUCCAGUUUGGCACUGCUGCCAGCACUGCGGGACCUCAACGUCAGCAACACACGUUGUAUGUCAGAUGUGGGAAUGGGGCACUUUGCAGCGAUGUCAACCUUGACCAAGAUUGAUUUCUAUCAUUCUGGACAAACAAGCCCCCUUUCUGACAAAGGAGCCAAGAUGUUGGGGACGAUGACAAAUCUCGUGGCAUUGAACCUAGCAGACACUCCCAGUUUCACUAGCAGAGGUGUCGCUCAUAUUCUGUCACUGACUAAUUUGGCAGAUCUGUGCCUUCCAAUCAACGCCUCAGAUGACACCCUGCACAGCUUGGCAUGCCUCACCGGCAUAUCUCAUCUUGGCAUUGAUGGAAACAAGGUUGCUGAGAGAGGGUGGAAGUCACUGAAGCAAUUUUCAAAGCUGUCUGCACUAUCUAUACACGACUGUGAGACCCUUGAUAAAGGCAUGAAAUUUAUAGGGGAAGUCACAAAUCUCAUCUCUUUGACUCUUGGAGAGAUCGUUGUUCGCAAGUUUGAUGAACACGCACUGAUUUCGCUGUCGCAUCUGACAGCCCUGACAAGCUUGAGCAUGUGCAACAUAUCUGGCUUGACUGACAAGCACGCAGAUGGGCUGAGCAACAUGGCCACAUUGAAGAGGCUGCACUUGACAAAUUGCGAGAACAUCUCUGGCCAGGGGUUCGGCUAUUUGUCCGGCCUUAAGUGUCUGACGGAUCUGCACCUUAGUAAUUGCUUGUGCAUCACGGAUUCUAGUCUUGGGGAAUUGGCCACUGUCAGGUCCCUAACGGACUUGCAUUUAGAAGACUGCCCAGAGGUUACGGACGCAGGUGUGGCGGCGCUGUCGCAGCUGACGGCCCUCUCCAUCUUGAAUCUGAGAGGUUUCCCCAAGAUCACGAAGGUGGGGCUUGCGCAACUGGAGUCCUUGCGGUUGCUCAGGCGCCUGAGGGUGGUUGGCCGCCCUGAGGUGGCAUUGAAGGUCGGCGAAUUCUUGAGCACAUGGCAUUGA